GUCCGUCCUCGAGAAAGGGUGGUGGGGAUACGAGGAGUGAGAGAGAGAGAGAGAGGGGCUAGUGACUUUCACGAGACCGGAAGUCAAAGUUCUUCCGGACGGUUCCCCGAAUCGCGAGAAUCGAUCCCUCUCGCGAUCCGGAAGAUGCGUUUACCGAACGGGGACAGAUAAACCGAAAGAGAGAGGGGUCUUCUCUCGGUCAUGAAGGUUUCGUCCUUCCUUAUCCGUUUCUCUCGACUUGAUCUUUCCGUCCUUUCUACUACUUCUUUUCUCACGCGUAACCCAGAGAGAAAGAACGUCAUCGUAGCGUCAAUCAUUCGUCGAUUACACGACUAACAGUUUCGGUCCAAUUUCGUAUCUCGCAUCUAAGGAAGAAGGAGACAUUAAAUAACAUAACAUAAGAAAUAACGUAUCGUUGGAGAUCAUUCGUCGAAGGAGGGGGGGAGGAUAGUGAUUUUUAAUAUUAUCGCGUUAACACCGGUUAGAUUAUCGUAAGGUGAAAGGUGCUCGAAUUAUCUUUCGUAAAAGGGAGUUUUUGGUGUGCGCCACAACGCAAGGAAGAUUAAAUAAAAUAUAAAAGGAAGGAAGGAGUUUGUAAAAGAGGGGCAGAGGGGACGGAGAUGCGCCCCGUUCUCCUUGCGAUCUGCCUCCUCCUCGUCACCCCGAUUACCGGAUCGUUUUGGACGGUGGGAAGUCAGAUGGUGAUGGAUCCGAUGUUGGUUUGCAAGAAAACGAGAAGAUUGAAAGGAAAACUAGCCGACAUUUGCCGUAAGGAGCCUUCAUUGUUAAAGGAAAUAGCCAAAGGCGUUCAAGUUGGUACCAGAGAAUGUCAACAUCAAUUUAGAAAUCGCAGAUGGAAUUGCACUACCAUAAGACGAUCAUUAAAGAAAAUUCUUUUACGCG